AUGCACAGCCAAUACGUGGUUCUUGCGCUCCUCAGCCGUGCUGCCCUCCUUACUGCCGCCCCCUUCAAGUCCACAACAGCCUUUGAAAAACGCGAUAAUCUCGCAACCAUCGAAACGGCCCUCUCCCCCGUUUUUGGCGCCCUCUCGGCCGUUGAUCUCGCCGUGGUAUCUCUUGAUGGCACCACUAUUUCAGCACAGAAUCUUUACGUUGCCUCGCAGCGAGUCGAGACCACCGUCAAGGAAGCAACCAUAAUAGUCCGCGCCACAGGGGAUCUCACCGUCAGCAAAUCACUCAAGCUACGCAAAUCCACAGACACCCUUGCCGCUCAGACAAAAACGACGCUCGACGACCUGGUCUCUCGCAAGGCGGUUCUCGAUACGCUCGGCUUCGGCGGCACCGUCCUGCUGUCCCUCCAACAGCAGGAGGCAGCCACUAUGUCACUGAGCCAGGCACUGGCCCAGAAAGUUCCAAUGAUUGGACAACCCCAAGCCGCAUCCGACGUGUCCAACAUGGAGGCAAUGUUCAACAAGGCCAUCGCAGCUUUCUCCGUUGUCGAAGUCCCGGUUGUUGUUCCCGUUACACCUGUCACCCCCGUCCCCGUCCCCGUAACGCCUGUUGUCCCCGUAACGCCUGUUGUCCCCGUUACACCUGUUGUCCCCGUUACACCUGUCCCAGCUCCAGUAAUCAUUGCACCGAAGAAAGCAAAGAGCGAGAAGGACGAGAUGAACGAGAUGAACGAGACGGACGAGACGAACGAGGCGGAUGAGAUGGACGAUAUCGAUGCCCUAGCUGAGGAUGACGCGUAA